GCACAGCUCAGUCUCAUCUCACUCUCUCCUUUCUUCUCAUGAUCUGCUGCUGCUUCCUCCUACAACAGUCUGGGGAAAAAAAAACCCCAAACAUAUAAAGAUGGUUGUUGUCUGGAGGAGUGCUCACACACGGCCGAUGUUACCGUAAAGAAGAAGAAGAAGAAGAAGAAGAAGAAGAAGAAGAAGUGUGGCCUCCGUGUGUGGAUGUAAUUAACCGGUGAUGAGAGGUUAUUUCCAGAGAUGAAGCCGAGGCUGCUCACCUCCGUUACUUGGAAACAGUCUGACAAAUUCUCUGCGGAAAGUUUUUCUCCUCGGAUGGAAGAAGUUUUGAGACAAAGCGGCGGCCGCGGGGCUGUUUUCUCUGCUGUUUCUGUGAUAAUGGAGGAAGCCAGGCUCUGAGUGACGUCAUGUCUUCCUGGGGCGAGUUCAUCGAGCUCCGUGACCUGAGGACGGACGGAGAGCGGAUAGAGCUGACCGGCUCGCGUUCGCCCUGCUCGCCGCCACGCCUCGAGAGAACCAACGCCCUGAGGAUCAGCCCGGGGAAGGUCCCAGACCUGCUGAGCAGGGUGGGCAUCAUCCGAGUCCUGAGCAGCACCCAGGACCCCCAGAUGAUUGAGGAGAGGGGAGAGGGCCACAACUUCCAGCCCUGCAGCCACGCUCAGCCCACGUGGUGUGACCUGUGUGGGGACUUCAUCUGGGGCCUUUACAAGCAGAGCCUGCGGUGUGUCAACUGCAGAUUCACAUGUCACUACCGCUGUCGAGCCCUGAUCCGCCUGGACUGCAGCUGGGACCGAGGCUCUCUGGCCGACCACACGUGUGUUGUGGAGCAAACCAUAGAGACGGACACAAAUGUGGAUGAACAAAUUGAAUUGGGAAAGCAGGAGUUGACAACCACAGAUAUUCAGCAGAAGGUGAAGGAAUACAACGCUCAGAUCAACAGCAAUCUGUUCAUGAACGUGAACAAGGAUGGUUCCUACACAGGCUUCAUUAAAGUGCAGUUCAAGUUGGCACGACCUGUGUCCGUUCCAUCUCCAAAGAAAGGAGGUCCUGAUGAUAGAGGGAGGAAGGCCAGUGGGGUGAAACGUCGCACCUCUUUCUACCUCCCAAAGGACGCAUCUAAGCACCUGCACAUAAGCUCACGCACCUCUGCUCGUGAGGUCAUCGAGGCGUUGUUGAAAAAGUUUACUGUGGUGGACAAUCCUGGCAAGUUUGCUCUGUUUGAGCGCAGCGAGCGACAUGACCAAGUUUAUAUUCGCAAGCUAUCUGAUGGUGAGCGUCCUCUCCGUCUGCGUCUGUGUUCUGGACCCAAUGAGAAAGUCCUCAGUUUUGUUCUGAAGGAGAACGAAACUGGAGAAGUCAAUUGGCAUGCCUUCUCCAUGCCCGAGCUGAAGAACUUCCUGCGCAUUCUGCAGCGUGAAGAGGAGGAGCACGUCAAGCAGAUAGUGCAGCGCUACGCUCUGGCCCGCACUAAGAUGCAGGAGGCUCUGGCUGGCUCGACCCCCGGUUGACACGACUCUGCGCCGCGGGGUUAAACGUGCACCUCUUGGCUGGACCACCAGUCAUCGCUGCAUCCAAAGAUCCCAGAGAACAUGACUCAAAACGCCUCUUCGGUGAACGAGAGAGUGAGACAGGGCGCAAGACAAUGAGCGAGCGAGAGAGCGCUAGCGCGAAUGUGCGUGUGAAAUGAUGCGAGAGAUGAAGUGCCUUACACCUGGAGAGUCUGAUGUGCCUGAGAGAAUGAGUUGAGAGAAGUGAAGACUGGCAGAUGAGACAGCGGGUGUAUCCAGUAAUGUCUUUUAUUAUUGGGUACCAUCUGAUUAUCCUGUGUACCUCAGCUGUGUCACUUUAACUUUAGGGGUAGUGUCAGUGAUUAAUCUGACAUUUUUAGGUAUAAAGAAAAUCCAUGAGUAGAUUAUUUGUAGAUGUGAUGCUGAAGGCAAGACGUGUAAUCAUGUCUGCAAUUUAAUUCCCUUUACUCUUCCAGGGUAGAAAAUGGUUAACAGGGCUCCGGAGUAACUUUUUACACCUGAUGCACUGGUGCACCUAACUUUUUUAUUUAGGUGAACCCAAUAAUACAUUUUAAGUUAAUUUUUUAGCACAUUAUAUAAAUGACUGUCAAUAAGAGAAAAGGUGCAGAUUAAUGUUUUUUUUAAAUCACAGCACCAGUGAAAAUGUAAAGCUGCACUUGGCAGAUUUUUGGGUGCAUGUCCCUGGAGCCCUGGUUAAUGUGUCCAUAUUAUUCCAAGUAUAGAUAAACUCAGUCUGGUCCUAUCAUGAUAACCAAACAUCUUACCUUAUAUUAACAUCUUCUCUUUCUCCCCCUAAGAAAGUUAAACACACAUUUGUCGCUGAAAGGUAUUUGGAUUUUCUUUUGAGCCCAGUCUCAAAAAUCUGCCAUGUCCUCUCGACACCCCUGAUGGGUGCAACUCGAAUUUUUUUUAUUUUGUCACUUUGUGAGCUUGACUGAUGUAUGGACAUUUGUAUGCAAUUAUGGAUGUCAGAGAGCAGUGUCUAAGUGUCACUCUGGUUGACUGAAAACCUGAAUGAAUAUUGGUAUACAUGUGUUUCACUGGAAGCUGUUUGUCAUUCCUCAUAUCUGUGUUUUAUUCUAUCCUCUUGACGAAAGUGUCUUCUGCUUCAGUUUAUUGUAUCCGUCUAUGCACAAACCUGUAUGUUGUAGCAAUCAUCAAAAUGUUGUGACCAAUGUGCACUGCAUUCAGUAAAGAAUUUCCAAGUUA